UGUGAGCAAGUGAAAAAUAUGAAUCAGUAUCGUAUAUAUGAAGCUAUUGGCCAUGGAAAACACUCGACUGUAUAUAAAGGAAGAAAGAAGAAGACAAUAGAGUAUUUUGCGAUUUUAAGUGUGGAUAAUUCUCACAAAAACAAGGUUCUUCAUGAAGUCAAAAUUCUUCAUUCUCUAGAUCAUGCAAAUGUAUUGAAGUUCCACUCGGGGUAUGAAACAUAUGCACACCUUUGGUUGGUUUUAGAAUAUUGUGUUGGAGGAAAUCUAAUUAGCUUAUUGCAGCAUGAUGGUAAGCUUCUUGAAGAUUCAAUACAUGAUCUUGCUUGUGGCCUUGUUAGAGCUCUUUUAUACUUGCAUUCAAAGGGUAUUUACUGUGACUUAAAGCCAUCAAAUAUCAUGUUGGAUGGAAAUGGAAUCACGAAGCUGUGUGAUUUUGGAUUAGCAAGAAAAUUGAGUGAUAUAUUAAAGACACCUUCCUCCCAGGUAGUUCACCUCUGUCUCCCCUUCUUUUUUCCCUAA